UCGAAUUCUGUUUCGUCUCCCUCUGAACGAAGAUGGACCAACGUGCGGUGCACCCCCACCAGGAGGCAAUGACGCAAUCUACCUGUUCGACGUAAUGCUUCGGUGAAAAACGUCAACCCAAAAAAGCUAAAACAAUCGGAGCAACUCAACGCUACAGAGACAUGUGGAGGCGCGCGGCUUCUCUUUCUCCUCUGGCUUCUCGCUCGAAACCCUCAAAACUUUGCCAGGAAGCAUGCACAUUCAAGGUUUGGGAAUCGUUUUCCUCGGAAUCCGAGAUUCCAACGCCGUCAAGGGUUGCUCCGUAUAUAACUUUUGUGCUAGGUGGUCCUGGUAGUGGAAAAGGUACUCAGUGUGCGAAGAUGGUCGAGGCAUUUGGGUUCACUCAUGUCAGUGCAGGGGAUCUGUUGAGGAGGGAGAUAGCUUCCAAUAGCGCAUAUGGCUCGGUGAUUCUUGGUACAAUUAGAGAAGGAAGAAUUGUUCCUUCUCAAGUGACGGUCCAGCUCAUUCAAAAGGAGAUGGAAUCAAGUGACAAUGAUAAGUUUCUCAUUGAUGGCUUCCCUCGAAGCGAGCAGAACCGCGAGGCAUUUGAACGAAUUAUUGGCACAGAACCAAGUGUUGUGCUUUUCUUUGACUGUCCUGAACAGGAGAUGGUGAAGCGAGUGCUAAAUCGUAAUCAGGGCCGAGUUGAUGAUAAUAUUGAAACAAUAAAAAAACGUCUUGAAAUAUUUGACGAAUUAAAUUGGCCCGUUAUCAAUCACUAUUCAAAAACGGGAAAACUUCACAAGAUCAAUGCAGUGGGAACGGUGGAUGACAUAUUUGAAAAAGUUCGGCCAAUUUUUGCUGCGCUGAGCAAAUGAGCGUUCGAGUAAAAGAUAGCAGAGCUUGCAAGAUUUCAUGCUUUCUUCUCUCUGGGAAAGAUCACCAGAGGUUAGCCUGCUGUCCACAAGAGUCUCGACGAGUGGAAGUUUCUACUAAAAAAAGCAUGGUGAAAUCUAAAUCAAUUACUUAUCAACUGGGUUAAUUUUAUCUGCCCCGGAUAUGUCACUUUGUCACUUUGAUGGUUGCAUGUACCCCGCUUUAGCCGGAAGGAAAACUAUGCAGCAAGUGAAAAAUGUAUAACUGAGGUCUGGCCCAUCUCAUUACUGUUAAUCCAAAAACUAAUCUGAUACUUAAGAUGCAUGUACUGUAGUACGGUAAAAGAUUAUAAUUUUGUUGCCUACCUGAGUUAAGUCAA